AAACUUUUGAAACAUUAUUAGCAUCAUUACAUUUGUGGAAACUACAUUUGUUUGAGAUUUUAUCUUAAGAAUUCAAAAUCACAAAAGUAAAGAUGGAUUCUCAAAAGGCUAGCUUCCAAGCUGGGGAAACCAAAGGCCAGGCUCAGAAAGCUAGCGGCAUGAUGGAGAAGGCUGGCAAUAUCGCCCAAUCUGUCAAGGAUUCAAUUCAAGAUGGUGGCGCUCAACUUCAGGCCCAGGCACAAGGAGCUGCUGAGGUUACAAAAGACAAGCUUGGAAUGAACAAAUGAACAGAUACAGACACAUGAAUAAACACAUAUCAAUGGAGAUUAUAUUCCCUUGUUGCAACAAUCUUGUUAAGAAAUCAUAUACCUGAUCUCUAAUGUACCUAGCGCAGGAGUGAAGAACCACUUUACUAUUAUAAAAUGCAAAUAAUCUCUACAAAAUUGAUAUGGCAUGACUUCGUAUUACCCAUAAUUUUUAUGUACAUACAAAUCAGGUACGAGUACGACGACAAAUUGAUGUGGUAUGACUUCGUAUUACCUAUAAUCUCUACAUACCCGAUCUCUAUGUGCCUAGCAC